GAUGACCUCUCACUCGCUGAUUACGUCCAGAAGACGUCUCUCUUGCGAGCUGCCGGCACGGCGGACGAAGAGACCCUGAAAAGUGAACUAUGGGAAGGCCUUGAUAACAACCUUGCCUACCUCGUUCAACCAAUGGAGAACAAGACGCUCGAAGCCUUCAAACGCCGCCUGCGU